UCUUUUUUUAUUUCAUCUUCUAUAAGUUUCAAUUGUGACGUUCUUCUUUCAAAUCAAACAAUCACAUAAAUAUAUUGAUUACAUUAAAUUUAAAUCAAUAAUUAUAUUUUAUUGUAUUGUGUAGUUUCUACUAUUGUUUUAGUGCAAUCAUGGAUAUAACGUAUCAAUACACGAAGAAGCGGUACGAUUUCGGGCGGCAGCCGAUGUUCUGCGAGCAGGGCCCCGAGAUGUGCGACAGCAUCGCCACCAACGUGGCCGAGCACAAGCACUAUAUCCUACGUAACCCCGUGCACCAGCUUACGCAGAACACGCCCGCCUUCUCCGAACACCAUGUCAACACCAGACGAGCCGAGUACACAUCAUCAGGUGCCAAUCAUGCGGAGGGUGGCUGGCCUAAAGAUGUUAAUACUCUGGACCCCGAGGCGACGCAGCGGUACAGGCGCAAGAUAGAGAAGGAUGACAAUUAUAUACACUGCGUCAUGUCUCUCGCACCGGGUAUGGAACAUUAUGUUUUACAAAAUAACGCCAUCGACAUGUACCGCACAUACUAUGCAGAGAUGACAAGUCUGACAGCUCCCGAGCGAAGCAGUUGCCGCACAGUCAAUGUGUACCGAGACGGAAGCACCGGCGGAGCGAAACGGCCCGUCAGCUCAAUUUGCUGGCAACCGGAAGACGGACAUCGUUUUGCAGUCACUUACGCAGAUGUGGACUCUUAUCGCAACACGCACUCCACCACUAAUUCGUACAUAUGGGACACAGAGAAUGCUAACUAUCCUGAAGUUACUAUACAGCCACCGGUACCGUUACUCGAUCUACAAUUCAAUCCUCGCGACCAUAAUAUUCUAACGGGUGGUUUAAUUAAUGGUCAGGUGGGAUUCUGGGACCGUAGACAGGGAGGCGGUCCGAUGGGCACAUGUCCACCUCACGUUGCACACAGGGAUCUUGUUCGUAACGUUUUGUUCAUAAAUUCCAAAUCUGGCCAAGAAUUCUUCUCGGGAGGCCCUGACGGUGCUUGCAAAUGGUGGGACAUUCGUAAUCUUAAUGAGCCUACUGAUGAAAUUAUCAUAGAUGUAGUAAAAUCAUCCUUCGAUGUGCAAAGUAUGGCGAACGCAAACGGCGUCACCGUUCUCGAGUACGAGCCUACGAUACCGACUCGCUUCAUGGUAGGCACCGAAAAUGGCUUAGUCGUUAGUGGCAAUCGCAAAGGCAAAACACCCAUGGAAAAAUUACCCGCUAAAUUUGAGGCACAUGUCGGGCCUGUUUGGUCAGUAGAACGGAAUCCAGGUUUUUUGAAGAACUUUUUAACAGUCGGAGACUGGACAGUGCGAGUAUGGAGUGAGGAUUGUCGGGAGUCAGCCGUGGUCUUCUCGCCGCCACAUCGUCACAAGAUCACUGCUGGCACCUGGAGUCCUACUCGGUUACUUAGCAAUUGAGUAUAUUAGAAUUUAAAAAAAUACAUUGUUAUUUACCGUGAAUUAU